AUGAGCACGCCCGACGCAUCUACGGGCGAGCUUGACGCAGACGAUGCCGUACUGGACACGGUCAUGAAAUACCUCCAGAACCUUCCCGGGGAAUGGAGCAUGGGGAGACUCAUCGCAGUCUACCUUCGCGAUCCUAAGCAAGGCUCGACACGUUCUCCUACACAUCGCGCAUCUGUUCAAAAGUUCCUCAGUGGAGCAGAUACCGUUCACAACGCAUACAGAGCUGUACAACUCAUGCUGAAGCACCCAUCCUCCAUACCUGAUAAGAAGCAUGACGACUACGACAAAGACUACUCGCUCAAGCACGAUCCGUUGCGAUUUCGGCACUUUACCCCUGCUAUCACGAGCUACUUCGCACAAGAUGUUCUGAGUGUACUGCGUGGACAGCUGUAUCAGCUUUUCAAAGAGACCAGCUUGAGAGCACGAGUUUCGCAAGUUAAGAGACAGAGUGAUCCUUUGCCGGCUGCAGGCGAAGCAGGUCCUGUCUACUACUCGGAUGAAGAAGAAGACCUCCAGGACUCCGAGGAGCGGCCCGUAGUCAUAAGAACUGAACCCGGACUUGAACCAAUGUCCGCACAGAAGAAGACUCGAGGGAAAUCAAAAGACAAGCUCGUCGACCGGUCGACUAUCCGCGACUUUACUAUGAAGGGGUUAUCUACGACUUACAAGCGAACUUCGCCGCUUCUCUGGGGUCUCCUCUUCGGUGUUGCAAAUCCAACUGAACGCACGGAUCACAAGCAUAGGCCACCCUGGAUCGUCGUGACUAGUGCUCUCAGUCAGCUAGUGUUCUGUGCGAACGCCCACGUGAACAAGUACCAGUUCCUCAUGAGUGCGUACAUGUUCGGGACGAAAGCGCACCACUCUAUGUGGAGAGUUGGUAGUCGCCUCGGGCAGAACCUAUCUUUUACAUCCCUACGCAAUGGCCUCGCCGUGAUCUCGGGCUCGAACAUCUCCUGGAUACAGACUACGACCGAGGAUAGCUCAUUCGACUGGGCCGGCAUCUUAGACAACAUGCAGUUCUAUGCCAUCCGCCGCGAUGUCCGCAUCGGUGUCACCAACGCCAUGGAGAAUGGGACAGGGGCUUACCUGUUGCGCAUGGUAGAUCUGGAGGAUGGGGCCUUGGACCUACUUCCUAUUCUUGCCAACAUUGUUCAAGGGAAGCGCCGUGCUGCUACGCUCGAAGCUCUGCUCGAUGACAUCGACUGGGAGAAGGCCGACCUUGUCGUCACACUGCAUAUCCUUCGGAUUCUUGUCAAUCGUAUCGACUGUCUUCGAAAGCGCUACCUCGGCGAUGUUGACAAGCUGUUCUACGAGAAAGCUUCGAUGCUCCAGAUCAAUCCUCACCGCAAGUCCGAGAUUCAUCCCCUUGGUAGCAAUGGUGCGAAUGAAGUCACUCAUAAGGGCAUGCGCGCUGCUUUAUCGGACUUCGUCUUCACCCAAAUGGGUAUCAAGCCUCCCGCCGCUGCUGUAUCUGAGCCUCCCGCCACUGCAUCCGAGACUCGUUCGGUGACACCCGAGUCUCCCAAACCCUCUUCCAUCCCUUCAUCUCCAACCACUACUGCUGUAUCCGUAUCAGCAGGACCAUUACUGGAGUCUAUGGAAGAGACCGCUCGUGUGUUCCGGAGAGGCUUCCCGUGGUCUGGCGAUGGCAAAUCGUAUGACGGCAUUCUGCGAGUCAAGCGAUUGCUGCAUGCGGAGAAGGACGACAGUGUCUCGAAUAUGGCUUUCAUUCUACCCGAGCUUGAACACUGGCACGAGGAAUGGACGUACAACCGCUCUCUUGUCCAUGGUCAAUGGGGUGAAGGUUUCGAAACCGAGGAUUCGUCGACCCUUGGCUUCGCCGCCAAUCGCAUCAACAGCCCAAAGCCCGCUGACUUCUCGAAGUCCGUUUUCGACACAAACGACCGUCUUAUACGUGUUGCGACAGAGGCACAUGUGCUUACUAUGUGGGAGGAGCAUCUCAUCGACGAUGUAGGGCCGAAGCGCGAGUCGGCGACAUUGGAACGAUACUUUGAACAGCUGGAGAAGGCAGAUAAGAUCCCGUCGCUGGCACAGCUUCUAUCCGAUGCAGAGCUUCUACAUCGGCAGUAUGUGACCAAGGAUGCGUAUCUGCGAGCUGUGCAAGGGAAGUAUCCGUCGGACACACCCCUCGCGAAGCCUCCUCUGGGCAAUAGUGUGUGGCGGCGAGCAUCCACCGAGGUGGCUAAUGCUUCCGCUGCUUCUGCAGCCUUUCCGACAUCAUGUGCUUACAGCGACGAGAUUGACGGCCCGAUGCCAGAAGACACCGGGGCAAACAAGGGACAUGAAGCAGAGUCGUCAGUUGUCGAAGCUUCAAAGCCGAAGGAGACUCGUGCAGAGCAAACGAAGCGGCGUGAGGCGAUGCUAGACGAUCUCAUCGCCUCAGAACUCGGCCAAGAACCAUUUGCUGGGGACUGGCAGCUUGCAAAUGGCUGUAUGCUCCUCAUUGAGGGGCUGCUUUACGAGGAGUAUCGGACCUCUAUCGCGUGUGGCGAUGUUGGAAGGAUGUUCAAUGUCGAGAAGCAAAUAACCAUCAGGUUUGCGAGUGGGAGUAACCCUCACUACUUGUCGUAUGGUCUUGAGAUGUGGUGCUCUCACAAGUAUGACUAUCCUGCGAAGACGAGUCGCGGACUACUGCUCAACUCGUUGGUGAACCUACACGGCCAGCCCAAGCGGUUCAUCCCGAAAGAUCUACACCUAGAGCAUCUGAAUAAGUGGAUGGAGGAGAUGGGCCAGCACAAGAACCAGGGUUUUGAUUCUGUCUGGAUGCGCCAGGUUCUAGCUCCCAACUCUCACGAGUUGACCCAGCUUAUCGACCGCAUGGAGGGAGAGAUGGAACUAUCGCCUCGCUCGAAGAAGCACUCUGAACCCGACUGGAGUAACGAGAUCCGCGACCUGAGGAAUCGCCUUCGCGAAGACCAGAUAUACCGUUUUCACCCCGGAAGAGACCGCGGUUUCCACACAAAGGAUACGUACGAGGCAGGCUGCAUCGCCCUAGGUCAAGGUGGAAAGUUGGCAGCUUUUAUCGAGAGUUCCACCGACAUCAGGGAAACGCCCCCCUACUAA